AUGGAUGGUGCAAGGGACUCGGAAAUAACCAUGGGAGCCUACCAAUCUCACCACUUGGUGACAAGGAACCAACGAGAACAAGGUCAAAUCCACGGUUUCCGAAUGGCUCUGUGGUAUGAGCACCUUGGCAUGCUUGAUGAUUCUUUCAAGCGCCCUAAAAGCAGUGAGUGUGCUGAGAAGGUUAAUCGAUCUGCAGACAAGUACUGGGAUCUCUAUUCAAGCGAAUCUCUUGAGCGUGAUUUGUCUGGUCACCUGCUUCGCUAUCCUAUUGGUGUCUCUAGUGAAGGAGAUGUCUCAGAGCUCCCAGGCUUUGAGUUCUUCCCCGACACCAAGGCACGAGUGCUCGGUGUUAAAUCUGACUAUCUCCCACCAAUCUUAACUACCUAA